AUGGAAUGGGUCCGACAGAGACCCGGGCAGGGGCUGGAAUACGUUGCAAGUAUCAGCAACGGUGGCACCACCAGAUACGCGUCGUCAGUCAAGGGCCGGUUCAGGAUCUCGAGGGACAACGGGCAGAGCUCGGUGACGCUGGCCAUGAGCAGCCUCAGGGACGAGGAUUCCGCCAUUUAUUUCUGUGCCAAAACUGCUUCCAGUUGUUGUGGCAUUGCUGGUGCUAAUUAUGUUGAAGGGCUCCGGGCGGCCGUGACCCUGCUGGAGUCCGGGGGGGACCUCCAGCCCCCCGGCGGGUCCCUGACGUUGCUCUGCCGCGGAUCCGGGUUCAGUUUCGGGAGUUACGGGAUGAUGUGGGUCCGCCAGAGACCCGGGCAGGGUCUGGAAUACAUCGCAGGGAUCAGCAGUGGUGGUGGUAGCACCUACUACGCGCCGUCAGUGCAGGGCCGGUUCAGGAUCUCGAGGGACAACGGGCAGAGCUCGGUGACGCUGGCCAUGAGCAGCCUCAGGGACGAGGAUUCCGCCGUUUAUUUCUGUGCCAAACGUGCUGGUUCUGGUUGUUGUAAUGCUGCUGGUUAUAUUAGAGGUGGCACUGCUGGUCCCACCCCACCUUCUGGUCCCCCAUCCCCAAACCCCAUCCGUUCCCCCGUUCCUGCCCCCGUGCCCCAGCCCUGCCCGGCCUCUGCCCCAAAUUCGCAGCUCCUGGCCCCAAACCUCAGCCCCGGACCCACUCGGGGCCGUUUUGGCUCCUGA